AUUUUACUGGUGAACGUUCAGUAUUUAGAGUAGUGUUGAAUUUAAUAGCUGCCUUAUUUCUGAGAAUAUAAUUCAUUUUUUAAGGAAAGAAAAGUAAUUAUUGUUUUUUACACAUGUACGCCUGUAAUUAUAAAUGUAAAUGUUCAUGGAAGGACAAGUAGGUUCACAAUAAAACUAUAUAUAUCAGACAAUAUAAAAAAGAUUGCAAUUAUUAAGGACUAUGUCGCCUGAAGUUAACAAUACAAUAUACGUACUAAGUCGUAUUAAUAGAUAUAUUUGUCAAAUAGUCUUAAUUUUUCUACUUAUUAAGUUGAAAUUUAUUUAUGCGAAAGAGUGUCAGAUUCAGGGAUCUCAAAUAUUUAAUUCACUAAAAUCAUCUUCAGAUAAAGUGGAGUUCGAACUGAAUGGUCCAGAAUUUGAAGUAGAAUUUUAUAAUAUUAGUAUUGUAGAAAACUUACCAAAUGGAUUUAGUGUUUUACAAGUAAUUGCACAUAAUGGAGUUCGUACUAACGAAUUCACAUACGAAUUAGAAGAUAAUUCUGGUGCAUUUUUGGUAGAACCCAAUUCAGGAUGGUUAAUUGUGAGAAAUUCAUCAAUUCUUGAUAGAGAAAAACAAUCAGUCAUAAAAAUGAAAGUUUAUGCAGUGAAAAAAUGGACAAAUGUUACCAACGAUAAUAGUAAAGUGAAUGUUACAAAUAUAAUAUGCUUAAAAACAUCAUCAUUUGUAAAUGUCGAAGUUAUGAUUUUAGAUGUUAAUGAUAAUAAUCCAAUUUUCUUUCCAAGCAAUUAUUAUGAAUUAAUAUCUUUAUCAAAUGUAAAAAUUGGAGCUACAUUAGGAAAAGUUGAAGCAAUUGACAGAGAUCAAGGAAGAAAUGGGUUGGUUUCAUAUCGUCUACAAAGAACAGAAAAUGUUACAUCUCCUUUUGCAGUAGAUACAUAUACAGGUGAAAUUUAUGUAACACACAGUCCAAUAAUAGUUGGCAAGUAUAUAAUCUUCAUAGAAGCUAUGGAUAAUCCUCUGAAUCCUAGUGAAAAACGAUUCUCUUUGGCUGUUGUUACAAUAAAUAUAAUUCAAUCACCUGAUUAUAAUUCUGAAGUCAUAAAAUUUAUUGGAAUACCUUACAAAUUUUGGAUAGGGAUAGAUGUUCCUAUUGGAAGUACUGUAGGACAAAUUUUAAUAAAUAAUUCCAUGAAAGAUACAUAUAUAUUUGAUUUACUACACAGUUACAAAGAAGGCGUCCCUUUUGCUAUAGAAGAGAAGUCAGGAAUUAUAACUGUUGUUGAUGAAAUUAGAAAAUACGAACAACUAAUCUAUGAAUUUGAGGCAGUAAUAAUUAAUAACAAUGAUAUUGCUUUGAUAGCUAAUGUGACCAUACAUAUAGAUUCCAAUGUCAUCAAUACUGAUAGCAACAUAGAUAAAAUAAAUAAAAUAUUCCGACCCAAGAAAAUAAAUACUUCACAAGUUUUUCAUAUAAGCGAGAAUUCGGAUAAUUUAUUCAUUGGUCGAGUUGAAUCAGUAACUUCCAAAAUGUAUGAGGACUCUAAAUUUUGUAUUACUAAUCAGGAAGAUGUUCCAGAAAUAAAUUUAACAAGUGAUGGAUUUCUGUAUGCAAAUCAUGCCUUAGAUCGAGAGGAAAAAGAGAAUUAUAGUAUUACAAUAAAAGGAGAAACUUCAACUGAAAUUGAAAUUAUUCAAAUAACAAUAAUUGUUGACGAUGAGAAUGACAAUGCACCAGUAUUUAAUUCGAACUCUUAUGAAGGGUACAUUGUAGAAAAUAGCCCUACAGGUACAGAGAUAGUAAUGAAAAAUAAAGUAUUUGCAUCGGAUAUAGAUAAUGGUAUUAAUGGAACUUUUAUAUUUGAUAUAUGGGAUAAUGGUAAUGGGGACAGCCAUUCAUACAAAGUGGAGAAGAAUACUGGAAAAAUUUUUUAUAAAGCGCUAACGAAUGAAAACUUGGAUAGAGAAAUAAAAUCAAUUUACAACAUGAAAAUUGUUGCUAUUGAUAAAGGCAGUCUUCAAUCUGAGGCCAAUUUAACAAUUAAAAUACAAGAUAUAAAUGACAAUGCACCUAAUUUUACUGAAAUAAAACUAAUUGCUGAUCAAAAUAUUCAGAUAUUAGGAAAUGCAGAGGACACUAAUACUAAUAAUGCAUUGAUUGCUGAUGGAGCAAAUUUUUUCAUUCAUAAAGAUGAAUUAAAUCAAGAUUAUUAUCUAAAUUAUUACGACUCCUACAAUAAAAUUAAAAUAUUACAAAGACCUAUUUUCUAUAUAUCAAAAAAUGUUACGUUAGGUACAAAGAUUCUAAAAUUGGAAGCUCAUGAUAACGAUGAAGAUGAAAAUGCCCUUAUAACUUAUAGUAUUCAAUCUGAAAAGUAUAAAAAUAAAUCCGAUUUAAGUCAGUUAAAUCAAAAACAUUUUAUAAUCGAUUCAAAAUCUGGAGAAAUUUCUAUUGUUGAAAAACUACCAUCAGAAAUAGAUAUUUGGCUAUAUGUAAGAGCAAUAGAUGGUGGAAAUCUUACAGAUGAGAUAGUUUUGAAAAUUCAUAUCGCUUUGACUAAUAAUACGAAUCUACCAAGACAACAACGGUUUCUCAUGUCAUUUUUUCAAGUUGGUGGUAUAAUGUUAAGUUGUAUCGUUUUUAUUGCAACUUUUUCAACAUUUCUUUACUUAACAUGUAAAAGAAGAAUUCCAAAGUCUACUACCCCUUUCUUAACAACAAACAUUCUCACGAAUCAUCAGAUGCAGAGUAUUAAUUUGGAGCAAUUAUUUAGCAAAAAUUUUCAACUUCAUCAGAACACUCAUGAUCAUGAAUCAAAUAGCGACAUAAGAUUAUCUAGUUUUCCUAACUGCAGAGAUUCUAUGGGUACUGAUAAGAAAUUUGUAAAGUCGACGACAUCUUUAUAUUCCUGUUGUCAUGAUUCUGGAGUAGUUACACGCGUAUGUCAUUGUAACAACAUUUAUAAUUCGGAAACAUCUAGUCAAAGAAGCAGCAACUAUGAAGAUUCUCUCAAAUCAUUUCAACCACAUUCAUUAUCGUCAAAUAUUGAAUCUUUUACAAUCUAUCCCACUCAAAUGUCUCCAAUAAUUUGUCACGAAAAACGACAUGGAAUAACAUCUAAUGGACGACAGCAACAUAAAAAAAGUAUUGAAAAACAAGAAAAUCAAUGUGAUAUUUUUUCUGGGGAAAAUAACAUGAAGGAUAUUUUAAUUCAUAAACAACAGCAACCAUCAAUAUUUAUAAAUACAUUUCCAUUGCAAUCUGGUGCAGGAAAUCCAAGACAAGUGUUGUACUAAAUAAUAGUUGAUAAUAUUAAAAAAAAACUUCAUUAUAAAGUGAUUUUAAAAUUUUAAAACAUUUUAAAAAAAUGAGAAAGAUGAGAAAAAAUAAUUGUAUAUAUGAAUAUUAGAUUGCAGAAAAGAUUGUUUUUUAUUGUUAUUAUUAUUCAUGGAAAAGAUGAUUUUUUUUGUCAUUAAAAAAGUACGACCUCGUAAGGAUGGCUACACUGAAAAAAAUUCGGGUGAGCAGCAAGUACUAGAGAGUACAGCUGCUCUAUCAAAUCGAAGAACGCUAACGAUCCCUUUUUUGAUCGGCUGACAUCCCGUUUCAGGAGCUCAAACUGCCCGUAGUGGUAGAGCUGAUAUUCCUUCAUAGCCUUACCUUGUCAAUAAGACAGCUGCUCACCCGUGCCGGUAGCGCACCGCUCCCAAAACGGAAUCUCAGUCAUACUUUGAGUAAAGUAACGCAGCUCUCUCAACGCUGAGACGUCUGCCUACCCAAAUAUUUUCACAGUGGUUGUCAAGAGAGUAUCAAUAAAUCGCGCGGUAUUCGCUUUACAACAGGUACAAAUAUUUUUACAAUAUAUUGCAUAUUUUGAAAUAAUUAAACAUGAUUUGUUGUAUGUACGGUUACAAUUCUUAUAUUGUUUCUAAAUAAAUCAAUAAAUAUUUUUCUAACAA